UUUUUUCUUCUCUCUCUUUGUUUUCCAUCGAUCAUCAUUCUUAAGUAAUUGGACUUGACGCUCAAUAACUACAGCUCAGGCAACGCAAGAGUGUCAUCACUUCAAGCCGCUGUGCCGAGCGGGGAAGGUUAGGCUACGGAAGGGAGUAUGCUUCGUGUCCUCUCCUGCCUCUGUCUCCUAAAUGUUGCGGCGCCUCCCUCCCUCGCCUUCGCCUUCGUCAGUCUUAUCCCAAAAGAAGGGUGGGCGGGGCAGGAAUGGAGGGCGUGGGAAGAAGUGGAGGCUAUCCUGCGGCAGACUACUGAGGCCAGGUGUUCCGCGGCGCUGCUCACUGACGCCCACACGCCCUCGCCGCCACUCCUGCAGUCCUUGGGGGGGUGGUCAGUGUUCGUGGCCGGGGCGAGUUGUAGUGGCGGCAAUGGGACGAACUCCUCUCACCUGGUGUCUCUCCUUCGUCAGGUUCACCAGGUCAGGAAGCGGUCUUGGUGCCUGACGGUGGUGGUGCUGGUGACCGCCACGUGCCCCAGCUUCCUCGCCCCACUUGCUGAGGCGUGCAUGGCGGCGAGGCUCCUGGCGGGGGACACGAGGCUCCUGCUGCUGCUGCGAGGGGCGACCUACUCCAGCUUGGCUCCGCUCCUCGCCCCGCACUGGCCCUUCACCAUGGCCACCACCCUCGUUCUUAAUAUGCAGGGCGCCUCGCAGGACAGCAGGGCCACGCUGUACCUGUACCGGCCCUACACCAGCGAGGGGCCGAGUCUGGUCAGGGUGAAGGAGUGGAGGGGAAAGCCACCCACACUUAAUUCCACCUUCCUCCACCGCCUCCACCUCCUGCAGGAUAAGUUCUCUGACUUCCACGGCGCGGAGGUGAAGGUGACGGCCAAGCCCUUCCCCCCAUACUGGCUGGAGGGGGAGGAGGAGAGGGGGGCAGGGGACGGCUACCAUGGCACAGACUACCUCCUGCUGCAAGCCGUAGCCUCUACCCUCAACUUCAGCGUCGCCGUCGUGCCCACCUCGGACUGGAACGAGGUGACAGAAAAGGUGGAGAAGCGGGAGGCGUUCAUGGCCACGAUCAUUUACGCAGUGUUGCCAGAUCGCCUCAAGCGCUACUCCUUCUCCUACCCCUACGAGUACGCCUCCCCGACCUUCUGCAUGACCAAGCCCCUGCUCAGGCCACAGUUCCUCAGCCUGUACUACCCGCUGACCAACGAGGUGUGGCUCUCCAUCCUGCUGGCGCUCGUCCUUGUCCCUCUCGUGCUGGUCAAGAUGACCUCGUGGCUGAGAGACGACCCUAGCAGCGGGCAGACCUCCCCCUUAGUGGACGAGGUGGUGCGAACUCUCCUGGGACAGAACCUGACUGUGGGGUGCCGCAGCAUGGGCACGCGGGCCAGACUGGUGCUCGGGGCGUGGCUCAUCUUCGCCCUGGUCAUCGGGGCAGCCUACCGCGGGAACCUGACGGCCUUCCUCACCAUUCCCAAGUACCCGCCGCGCCCCGAGACUCUGCCACAGCUGGUGGAGGUUGUCGACAGGGUAACGAUGCCUCCUUACGGUGCGCAGUUCCGUGAUUUCUACAGCCAAUCAGACUCCUACGUGUUCAAGGCCUUAGCGCAGCGCAUGGACCUGGUGGGGUCUGCGGAGGAGGGACUGAGGCAGGCGAGCGAUAAGCAAGCCCACAUCCAGGUGAGACGAUACCUGGAGCUAGUGAUUGCAGAAAGCUUCACCUUGCGGGACGGCAGCACACGCCUCUAUCUGGGCAAGGAGGGCGUGUUCCCGGGGCUCUCCGCCUGGCCUAUGCCCCACGACGCGCCCUUUAAGCCUCGUGUCGACCGUUGCAUCAUGGCGGUGAAGGAGGCAGGUCUGUAUGAAAAAUGGAGUAGGGAUGUCAUGGCGGAAGCAAGGAAAAGAGGGAAGAGGAAACCGGAGGAGAAGGAAGAAGAAAGAGAAAAGAAAGAGGAGAAGAGCGCGGGUGAUUCUCCUUUCAAGGCUCUCUCUGUCAAUCACCUCCAGGGUCCUCUCUUUCUCCUCUUAAUGGGUCUCCUCUUAGCUAGUCUCCUCUUCUUCGUCGAGGUCCUGACGCGGAAGUUGCUGAAGUGAGGAAUCCAGGGAAUGACUCGUGUUUUUCAUGAAGUACGAUAGUUUUUAUAUGGGUAUGAUUAUCUUUUGUCUAUCUAUUUUGAUUUGUUUACCUUGUUAUCGUCUUUUUAUAAUUUUUUUUUUUAUGAAGUACGAUAGUUUUUGUAUGGGUAUGAUUAUCUUUUGUCUAUCUAUUUUGAUUUGUUUAGCUGGUUAUCGUAUUUUCAUUAUUUUUUUUCAUGAAGCACGAUAAUUUUUGUUUGGGUAUGAUUAUUCUAUUGUCUGUCUGCACUCUGUUUUUAUUUGUCUAGCGCGUUAUCGUAUUUUUCAUGAAGUACAAUAGUUUUCAUUUUGGAUAUAAUUAUCUUUUAUUUCUCCCUAUUCGUAUUUGAUUAUUUUUUUAAUUGUGAUAAUAUGUAAUUUUUUUAUGUGGGUUUGUAAUGUAAUCUCUCUCUCUCUCUCUCUCUCUCUCUCUCUCUCUCUCUCUCUCUCUCUCUCUGUCUCUCUCUCUCUCUCUCCCUUAUACAGAAUGCCAUGGAAGUCGAUUAAUUAAAUAAUAAAUAAGAAAGCAUAA